AUGAAGUCAACAUUCCUCGCUGCCCUAACGGCCAUCGCCGCCCGCGAAGUAGCCAGUCACGCCACCUUCCAACAGCUGUGGCACGGCUCCUCCUGCGUACGCACACCCGCCUCCAACUCCCCCGUAACCAACGUCGGCAGCCGGGACUUCGUGUGCAACGUGGGCGCGCGGGCGGUCAGCGGGAAAUGCCCCGUGCGAGCCGGCGGCACCGUGACCGUAGAAAUGCACCAGCAGCCCGGCGACCGGAACUGCCGGAAUGAGGCCAUCGGCGGCGCCCACUGGGGUCCCGUGCAGGUCUACCUCACCAAAGUGCCCGACGCGACCAAAGCCGACGGCUCGACGGGCUGGUUCAAGAUUUUCUCCAAUUCCUGGUCCAAAAAGGCCGGCGGCAACUCCGGAGAUGACGAUAACUGGGGCACGCGUGAUCUUAGUGCCUGCUGCGGCAGGAUGGACGUGAAAAUCCCAGCUGACAUCCCCUCGGGCGAUUACUUGCUUCGUGCUGAGGCGCUGGCGCUGCACACGGCCGGCCAGGCGGGGGGCGCCCAGUUUUAUAUGAGCUGCUAUCAGAUUACUGUGGAGGGUGGCGGCAAUGCCAGCCCGGCAACGGUCAAGUUCCCCGGGGCUUAUAGUGCUAAUGACCCCGGCAUCAGGGUCAACAUCCACGCCCCGCUCAGCACCUAUGUCGCUCCGGGACCGGCGGUCUAUUCGGGCGGUACCGUCAAGACGCCUGGAUCUGGCUGUGCCGGCUGCGAGUCGAGCUGCAAGGUCGGCUCGUCGCCUACCGCUAUCGCCCCGGCUGCUGGCGGCGGCGGCGCCGCUUCACCGGAUGGGGGAGCCGCCGCGCCGUCUGAGCCUCAGGCGUGCGCUGUCCAGGCGUUCGGCCAGUGUGGUGGAAACGGCUACACGGGGUGCACCCAAUGCGCCGCUGGCUACACUUGCAAGGCGGUCUCGCCGCCGUACUAUUCGCAGUGUGUUGCCGGGGCCUAA